AUGUCUAAGCGUCCCUCUUCCCCUUCGCUGGACGCCAAGGCCGCCUCCGCCGCGGCUACCUCCUCCCCCAUAGGGCAGCGUCAACGCACUGGCGCCGACGCUUCGGCUCAGCUGAACCGCAUCAAGGAUGCUGACGGCGACGAUGAGAUGGGCGAGUUCGAGGACCAGUUUGAAGACGAGUUCGACGAGGAGGACGCAGAUGCUGUUCUCGCCGCGCGCGACUCCGACGAUGAUGACGACGAUGAUGAUGCCGAGACCAUGGAGGUCGAUGGCGUCAAGGUCGACGGCAAGAUCCAGCGUCCCGAAGACGACGAGGCCGACGCGGCUCAGGAGCCAGAGGCGCAGGUCUACAUCCCCGGUGUCACCAAGCUCGAGGACGGCCAGACGCUCGAGGCCGACCAGAGCGCGUACGAGAUGCUCCACCGCCUCAACGUCACAUGGCCCUGUCUCUCCUUCGACCACCUCAAGGACCACCUUGGUAACGACAGGCAGAGCUACCCGCACACCUCCUACAUGGUCGCAGGCACCCAGGCCGACACCGCCUCGCGCAACGAGAUCCUCGUCAUGAAGGCGAGCCAGCUCCACAAGACCCAGAACGACGACGGCGCAUCGGACGACGAAGACGACGACGAAAACGACCUGGACGACGACGCGAUCCUCGAGUACAAGUCGAUCCCCGUGGUGGGGGGCAUCAAUCGCGUGCGUGCGGCGCCGACGUCGACGCCCGUGUCGGAACUGGAGCCCUGCCUGGACCCGUACCCGGUGGCGGCGUGGAGCGAGGUGGGCGACGUGAAGAUCUUUGACGUGCGUCCGCUGCUCAACUCGCUCGACCGUCCGGGCACCUCGUACGACGCGCGCAAGGUCAACACGCCCAUGUUCACCGUCAAGGCGCACAACGGCGUCGAGGGCUAUGCCAUGGACUGGGCGGGCGUCGUCAACGGCGGUGCGGGCGGCGGAGGCAAGGCUUCCUCGCUCCGUCUGCUUACGGGUGACAUCCACUCCAAGAUCUUCCUCACCACUGCGGGAAAUGCGGGCUUCACCACCAACCCGACGCCGUUCACAUCGCACACGUCGUCGGUCGAGGAUCUGCAGUGGUCGCCCAAGGAGCCGACCGUGUUUGCGUCGUGUUCGGCCGACCGCUCGGUGCGCGUGUGGGACGUGCGGGUCAAGAACCGUCGCAGCGUCAUCUCGGUCGAGGGCGCACACGCCCAGGACGUCAACGUCAUCUCCUGGAACCGCGGCACCGACUAUCUGCUUGUAUCCGGUGGCGAUGAGGGUGCGCUCAAGGUGUGGGAUCUGCGUCACUUUAAGCCCAACUCGACUCCGUCGCCCGUGGCGCAUUUCGAGUGGCACAAGGCGCCCAUCUCGUCGGUCGAAUGGCACCCCACCGAAGACUCGAUCUUUGCGGCGGCAGGUCGCGACGACCAAGUCACACUCUGGGAUCUCUCCGUCGAACAGGACGACGACGAGACGCAGCAGGACGGUCUGCGCGACGUGCCGCCCCAACUGCUCUUCUGCCACCACGGCCUCUCCGAUUGCAAGGAACUCCACUGGCACCCGCAGAUCCCCGGUGCCCUUGCCACCACCGCCCUCGACGGCUUCAACAUCCUCAAGACCAUCUCGGUCUAA